AUGAUUCCCUACCCAGUUACCCUACCAUAAGUAACUUACAACAAUGAGUUGUAGGCAUACACAAUAACUCCUUUCCUUGGCGGGAUGAGCUAUAAAAUUUACAAACCUUCCUGAACACAACACAAAUCAAGGGUUUACCGCUUCAAAUCUCUAGGUCAAAAACAUUUCCCCCACCACCACCACCACCACCACCACCACCACAACCUCCUCCUCCUCCAAUCCAUGCUUACUGGGAGAGAAGGUCUAGUACGACUGAUCGGAAAACGCCGCAAAAUCCUCCCAGAUCGUCAAUCAUUUCUUCUUACACCUCCCGAGAGUUGUAAAGAUGAAAUUAGAGAUGGAUUAUCAUCAUCGUCGUCAACGAAUGGAGUGGAGAUUUGUGAAUCCAGUAAGAAAAUGGAUGUUGUUGAGAUUGGGAGAUCAGUUUCUUCUUAUGUUACUUGUCCUGUUUGUGGAGCUUCCGUUCAAGGAUCGGAUCAACAAUUGAAUUCUCAUCUAGAUGUUUGUUUAAUGGGAGGAGGAACUAAACGGAAGUUGAAACAACCUACUCUUUUCCAGUUUAGUUUUAAAAGCUCAGUAACAAAACCGAAAGAUCAGUUGGAUGAAUCGAAUGAUAACUUAAGGAUAAAUAAUGGUAUAUCACCAAAGGAUGAGAAAGUUGAGGGAAAUGCAAUGACAAAAUUGCCUGUAAUUGAAGAUAAUGAUGAUGUUCUAUGUGUGUUGCCAUUGAAUUCAUUUCCUAAGUUAGAAACUCGUGAAGAGGUUAAGGUAGAAAACUUGUCUGGUGAGGAUGAGAAUCCAUCAGGUGAUGACAUUAUCGGGGAGAGAGACGUGGAUGUGACUCUGUCUCUUCCCAUUGUUGUGGCUAAGCAUGAAGUAGAUGGAUCUACUGAUGAUACUUCAGUGGCAAUAUUCCAAACUUUCAUUGUUGGUCGUAAAUUUGGUGAGGAAGUUGAUUUAAAGAUGGGGGAUACUGUCUGUUUUGUAAGAGACCAAUAUAAUGUUAAGGAUCCCAAUGCAAUAAAGGUGAUAUGUACAGAUUCUGGAUGUGAAAAAGUGCUGGGUUACAUUCCCCGGGAGUUGGCUAGGUAUCUCUCUCCUCUAAUUGAGAAAGACUGCUUGAUGUUUGAGGUUAGCAUAUCAGCUCUUCCAAAACGUCCUCUUGAUGUUGUUCCAAUUCAGGUUGUAUGUCAAAGAAUGACUGGAGCUGAUGUAGUGGAAUCCAACGAUCAUGGAACUUCUGACUCUGUCUGGGAAGACAUUCUUCAUGUGGUUGAUUGUGCUAAAAACUUCAUCCCUGGCAAGAGAAAGUACCAGCAGAAUUUUCUUCUUUUGAUUCAAGAAGUUAUGAGGAGUCAUCAGCACCUUUUUAUAGAUGAAGAAAAACUUUACCUAGAAUCAUUUAAAUCACUCUCAGACGAUAGUCAGAAUCUCUUUGUUCGACUUUUUACUCGAAAAGGGCCUUGGUUUCGAAUGUCCAAUAUUUCCUACCAAGAAGUAACGGACUCUCAACAGGCUGUUGAGGGACUCUGUGCAAGGGGUUAUAUGUGUUCGUUAGAGUCCAUGAAGGAACCAAAUGGGUCCGAUAUAAAGGAGGUUCUAGACGUGCUUGCUGUUUCUGAGCUACGAGACAUUUGUAGUUUGUCACACCCCAAGAAAGGCAUUUAUUCUAGCAGAAAGCAGGAAUUGAUUUCAUUGCUGUCCGCUUCAUAUGAUGAUGGUAAAUGCCCGUCUCUUCCAAUCAUGGUAUUAGAUCGAACAGGAAAUUGUAUUCGUGUUUCUUCGACUGCUGAGUCCCUUCUCUGGCGGGUUCAGAGGCUUUUCUUCCUUAAUGGGGAGCAGGAUCUAAAUGCUUUUUUAAUGGUUGACUUGGGACUAGUCAAGUAUCCAGCUUAUACCUGCAUAGUUCACAAUCAAAUUUUCCCAAGUCGAGCUGACUUGCUGGCGUAUGAAGAGGCCCUUGAAGUGGCACAAAUAAUGGAUGAAUCACUUGAAGUGGACGACCAUGUCAAAGUGAAAAGCUGCAUAGAGUUAUCUGAUGCUCGCAUAUCCAGUUCUAGAGAGGCUCCUCAGUCUUCUACCCCACCUACAAUGACUUUUCAUUCAUCUUUCUCAGAUUCAUAUAUUUACUCAAAGGUGGUCACAUUAGGCAUUUCCUAUCUUGAGCGUGAGCGCAGGUAUGAAGAUGCAAUAAGGUUACUGAAGGGGCUAUUAGACAGAAUCGCAUGUGGUGGCAGAAGAGGGUAUUGGACACUGAGGCUAUCAGUUGAUUUGGAACACCUGGGUCGUCUAAAUGAGAGCCUCUCAGUUGCUGAAGAAGGAUUACUGGAUCCAUGGGUUCGUGCCGGUUCAAAGAUGGCGUUACAAAGGCGAAUAUUGCGCUUAGGAAAACCACCAAGACGCUGGAAAACCCCUAGUUUUUCUGAUUCUAUCAAGAGGACAAUCAAGGAGGUACAAGUUCUGGGGAGACCUUUGAACUGUGAUCUAGGGAUGAAGAAUAGGUUUUAUGGUGAAGAUGGAGAGCAGUGUGGCGUCGAAGAGCUUGCUCUGCAAUAUUAUGCCAAUGAAGGAGGUGGUUGGCAUGGUGUACAUACUGAGAGUGGCAUUUGGAUGACAAUAUUUGGGCUUAUCAUGUGGGAUAUCAUCUUUGCAGAUAUACCAGAUGUUUUCCACACCCGAUUUCAGACAUCUCCGCUGGACUUUGAUACAGAUAACUUUUAUAUAGCACGAGAAAGUCUCAUAGAAUCUCAUCUGCAAAACAUUUAUGAAGGCAUGGCUGAAGAGAUCCUCAUUACCUCAUGGGAAUCACAUAUUGGAACAGCUUGUCGAGGUGUUAACUGGGACAGACAUUCUUUAUCCGACCUACGAGCUGCUGUUACAUGUGUUGGCGGGCCUUCUCUAGCUUCACUAUGUCGGCUCCUAGCACAAGAUUACAGGAGCUGGUCAAGUGGAAUGCCAGAUUUAUUCCUUUGGCGCUUCUCUGGAGAUUACAAGGGUGAGGCCAAACUUGUUGAAGUGAAAGGCCCGCGCGAUCGACUUUCUGAACAACAGAGGGCUUGGUUGCUUCUUCUUAUGGACUGUGGCUUCAGUGCUGAGGUGUGCAAAGUGAGCCCGUCGGCCAAAUCUGUGUAAAGUCUGAAGCUGUUGUAACUUGUAACAAACCUUAUAUGGGGAUUUGCUGGUUUGAGAAGGCACUUGUGCAUUUCUAAACCCGCCAGUCCUGGUGGGUGGUGAACAGAGUCAUUUUCAGGCAUGGUCAAUCAAUCAAAUCUGCUGCAGAAGUUAACACGAUUGCUUGAGCAAGGUUCUGCUAUGCCAUUGUUUAUCCAAGCUUUGAAACACAUGGAUCUGGACAUCUGUGCAUUCUACUGAUCGAACUGUUGAUGUAUUCAAAUGGAAUGACGGACUACAAAAAUACUAUGAAUGAUGUAGCUUACCAAAGAGGAUAAAAACAAAAAUCAUCCUUUGGACAGUUUUUAUUUUCAAAUGUAAUCUGAUCUACAGACAAGUGAUCCCUAUGUUGUGAUUUGUAAAAUCUCCAUUGAGUUCUUAAUUCAAGAACUUUUAAACAUUUAUGUAUAUCUAUUCCAUACA